GCGGCCCAGCCCAACCACCAUCUUUCAUCUGCCGACUACGUCCCCAUGAACUGUAAACGUCCGGGGUCCACACCGCUGCGCUAGGGUGAUAGAGAUCAUGUUCCUUCGUGAUCGUUAUAAGACCAGCAUGCCUCACGAUGGAACCUCACUUUCAAGUCCAUUCGUUUUCAGACUAUCAUCUUUCUCUGUUCCCACCCAUUCCCUUCUUUUGUUUCUCUUCAUCUCUUAGCGAUCCUGUGGAUUUGCUUUUGCCUACUAUUCGUCUAGUGUCUUUUUUAUUUGCACAGAGUUCUUCUGAUCUAGCCUGGUGCUAUUUAAAUUUUAUCAAACAUGUAUACCUCUACUACUCUCCUAUAUUUGGCGGCCUUUUUUGCAUCGGCAAACGCCCAUGGCGCUAUAAUAAAUGCUCAAGGCAUUCAGGGAUCUCCAUCUAGUGUCGGGUUCAAAGUCCACUCAGAUAUUCCAAGGAACUGCACAUCCAUCAACCCUUGCCAGCAAGAUACCACUAUAAUUCGAGAUGCUGAGAUCUCUGCGAACAUCGUGAACGAAUGUGGUCGUACCGAGCUUGAUGGAAACAUCGAUAUUGGUGAGAACACGGAGAACGCCUUGGCCGCAAACGCAGUCACACAAGUCAAGGCGGGCGGUACAGUAGAUGUCACAAUCCACCAAGUCAACGCAGAUGGCGCCGGUCCUUAUGCUUGCGAUGUCAUCGCAGAAGGCAAUAACGGAGUCAUCACUUUCCCCAAUGUCCAGGUCGAUAACAACGUCCCUGGUGUCAAUGGUUUCAGCCAGGCAAAGGAAGAGCAGUUUACCAUCACAGUGACAAUGCCACAAGACUUAAACUGCACAGGCUCUUCUGCUGGCAACAUCUGCACUGUCCGCUGCAGAAACAAUGCACUGGCUGGUCCUUUCGGCGGCUGUUUCCCCGUCCAGCAGAUUGAUACGCAAGCCGUGACCCUCAAGUCAUCUGAUGUCGGAACAAAAUUGAGUCUUGAAAAGGUGCAAGCACAAGUCUCAAAUGACAUCAAUGAUCUACCUGCGGCUCUCGCAGCCAACCAACGAGACGGUACCGAUGAAGCGAAGCAGGCUGCUGCUGCCGUUACUUCGCUGCUUAACAUCUCCGUUGUCAGCAAGGCGGCCCCGACAAACACCCAAGAAGCAGCGGCCACCACGACAGCUGCCGAUCCCGUUGCUACUUCAGACGCCGCUAACAACAAUAACAAUGGCAACAACAACAACAACAACGGUAACAAUGGUAACGGCGGUUUCAACAAUGGCAACGGUGGCUUCAACAAUGGUGGUAACGGCGGUUUCGGUCGUGGUAACGGCAACAACCGAUUUGGUGGAAACAACGGCUUUAACAAUGGCAAGAGGACCGCGAAAGCGUUUUCAGCAUAGUGGGUUUACUCAGGUUGGUUCAUGUUGACCAGGUCUGCCAUAAGCUGAGGCUUGUUGCCUCGGGAAUGGUGCAUUGCAGUGAACGGCACUGAUGAUAGUUCUCGAUACGAAUUCCUAUACAUGUUUUAGAGCAGUCCGUACAAAGACCGUAGGGAGUUA